AUGGCAGCUCGAGACAGUCAAAUUCCCUUCCGUAUGAAAGAUCAGACAACCUGCAUGCAUCACAAAGGGAGACAACUGGAGUUUUAUUGUGAAAAAUGUUUGGAAUUAGUUUGUCCAAAAUGCCUUUCUUCUAUUCACAAAAAACAUGCAGUUUGUGAACUCAGUGAAAUCACUCCUCAAAAGGAAAAAGAUAUCAGAAGUUUUAUUGACAGAACAGAAGAACAUGACCUGAAACACAUUGGGAAAUACAUCAGAUCUACUGAUACACUCCUUCAAAACAACAGUACUACGUUUAAGAAACUGUCAUGUCAAUUAAAAAUACAAACAGAGAAGCUAAAACAUGACCUUGACAUGCUUUCAACACAGACACUUUCCCUCUAUCAAAAGAUGGAAGAGGACAAUACCAAGCGAAUACAGAAAUACAGACAUGACCUGGAGGUGUACGAUAAACAACUCAAACAACAAAUACAGGAAUGUAAGGUCGUGCUUCAGCGUGGUUCUCGCAUACAAAUUUAUGAUAAAUCUUGUGAGAUCCAUUCUCCUACAAGUCUUCCUGUAAAACCUGUCCUGGAUACUGCCAGCUUCAAUCCAAACAAAAAUCCUCAAGGUUACCUAGAAGCAGCCUUAGGGAAAGUUGUCUCUUCAGGUCAAGGUCAAACAUCAACUGACCAGAAGCAGUCAGUUUCAGCAUUAGGUGACCAGGGACAAUCCUCUGAAUCAGAAGUAAAAGAGAAGAAAGCAGUGACAAGUAAAAAACCACCUUCACAGACUGAGGUGGUAGAGGAAUGGCUGUCUCCUUGUUACAUUUCUUCUAUAUGUCCCACCACUGAUGGUCAGGCGUGGACCAGAGACUGCAACACAUUAACUCUCCUGGACAGGAAAGGUAGUGUUAUACAGAAUGUCACACACAAGGUUAUCAUAAAUGACAUCAGUCUAUCACCCACAACACACACACUGUGGGUCUGUGACAGUAAAAACAACAUCAUGGAGCUGGUAUCAGGACAACUCACAAAGAAAUUCAGAACCAACGAGGCAAUCUGGUGUAUAUGUGUUACAGCCAGUAAACAUAUACUUGUAGGGAUGGACAAACACAUCUCCAAAUUUACCACACAAGGUCAGAUGGUGCUCACUACAAAGGCUGUAGGGACUGGGAAACCCUUUGUGUAUUUACCACACAGGAUCUCCGAGUGUGCAGUGACCCACAAUGUUGCAGUGGUUGAUACCAACAAUGAAAAUAAUGUUGGUGAUGGAAAUCAACGUGUUGUUGUCAUGGAUACUGACUUGAAGAAACUGUUUGUAUACAGAGGUGACAUCCCCAGGACAUAUAAACAGACACCACCUACAGGAGGGAAACAUUUUGAUCCUGAGGGUGUGGUGUAUGACAGUAUUGGUAACCUCAUUCUAUGGGACAAUAGCAACUGUACUGUCCUACUCCUCAGUGGAGGUGGUGAGUUCCUCAGAAUUAUAUACACCAACACAAAAUGGAUAUCUGUUGUAGGUGUAGACAGGAAGAAUGUCCUGUGGGCAGUUUUUGGGUAUAGAGAUAUGAAACUACUACAGUACAGCAGUGUGUGA